AUGGCAGGCGCACCGGCUCUGCCGCGAAUAGACUUCGAAGUCUCGGUGAGAUGGUAUAGCAGUCCGCGGUCUCAGAACGAGACUGACGUGCUACAGCCCGAUGAGCAUAACGAAUUCAGACCCACAUCAACGACACCGAACCCUGGCCAGAGUGCUACUUCACCGACCCUGUUGAACACGCCCAGACCGAAUGGACGAGAUCGCUCUCUCAGUGGAAGCACAGCAUAUUCGUCACUGAAGGUUCCCGAGACGCCACUCUGCGAGAAGGGGAGCUCAGUGAGUAUCUACAGUGAUAUCAACAAAGACGACGCCCUCAAGCCGGACCCUGGCUCGGAGAAAGAUUUCGACGUCCAGAACAACAAGUUUGCGUUCAGUCCGGGCCAGCUGAAUAAGCUACUGAAUCCCAAGUCCGUUCCGGCCUAUGUCGCGCUUGGCGGUAUUCGUGGUAUCGAGAAAGGACUGCGGACGAAUGUUGAGACUGGCCUGAGCGCCGAUGAAUCUCAACUCGACGGCUCGGUCUCGUUCGAGGAAGUGACGGCAGACGGUGACAAAAGCCGGCCUCUGGGAUGGGACAAUGUCCCUUCCAAUCCAACGGCUCGCCCUGCUGCAGAGUCCGCUGGCCAUGGAUCUUUCUCCGACCGAAUUCAAGUAUUUAGCAACAACAGUCUACCCGAAAAGAAGGCCACUCCGCUCUGGAAGCUCGUAUGGAUGACCUACAACGACAAGGUGCUGAUCCUGCUCACUGUAGCGGCCGCUAUCUCUCUAGCUCUUGGACUCUAUGAGACCUUCGGUGUUGAGCACGAACCUGGGGAGCCAAUGCCAGUUGACUGGAUAGAAGGCUGCGCAAUUGUUAUCGCCAUUGUCGUUGUAGUCCUCUUUGGCUCCUUGACGGAUUACCAGAAAGAGCGUGCUUUUGUCAAACUCAACGCGAAAAAGGACGAUCGAGAAGUCAAGGUCAUACGAUCUGGCAAGUCGAUCACCAUCAACGUGCACGAUGUAUUAGCUGGAGAUGUUCUCCACCUGGAGCCUGGCGACAUGGUCCCCGUCGAUGGCAUCUUCAUCGGCGGUCAUGGUGUCAGGUGUGACGAGUCCUCGGCCACUGGCGAAUCAGACGCAUUGAAGAAAGUUGGCGGCGAUCAGGUCUUGCGACUCAUCGAAGAAGGGCAAACAGAUCUCAAGAAACUGGACUGCUUCAUCAUCUCCGGAAGCAAGGUUCUGGAAGGAGUGGGUACCUACAUGGCAACCUCAGUUGGCGUCAACUCCAGCUAUGGAAAGAUUUUGAUGGCAAUGCGUGUCGACAUGGAACCAACGCCGCUCCAGGUCAAACUGGAUGGUCUGGCCACCGCUAUUGCUAAACUUGGCUCCAGCGCCGCAAUCCUGCUCUUCUUCGUCCUCCUCUUCCGAUUCCUGGGUGGUUUGUCUGGCAACCCGGCGACUAGGUAAGUCGGAUACUGAAGCUAUGAGCUUAUCGAGGCGUUUACUAAUAGCUUCUUCCACAGCGAAGAGAAGGCUUCCCAGUUUUUGGAUAUCCUGAUCGUUGCCGUCACAGUGAUUGUUGUCGCUGUCCCUGAAGGCCUUCCACUUGCGGUGACACUAGCGCUUGCAUUCGCUACGACUAGGAUGGUCAAGCUCAACAAUCUUGUGCGAAUACUCAAAUCUUGCGAGACUAUGGGCAAUGCAACGACUGUGUGCUCCGACAAAACGGGAACUCUUACUACUAACGUUAUGACAGUCGUGACUGGCUCUUUCGGCGAUCGAUCUUUCGAUGAUAAGAACAAGACUGGAGGGGAGACCACUUCAGUCGAAUUUGCUGCGAGCCUCGAUGGCGAGGAUCGUCGUCGUUUGAUUGAAGCGAUUGCUAUCAACUCGACUGCCUUUGAGAGCGACGACGGUGGCUUCGUUGGCUCUAAGACCGAGACUGCUCUCCUUGCAUUUGCGCGUACUCUUGGAAUGGGUCCAGUAGCUGAGGAGAGAUCCAAUGCGCAGGUCGUCCAGCUCAUGCCAUUUGACUCUGCUCGCAAGUGUAUGGGAGCCGUGCAAAAGCUCGCCAAUGGAUCCUACCGACUCCUCGUCAAGGGUGCCUCGGAGAUCCUCCUCGGCCACAGUGCGCAUUUGGCCAGGGCAACGGGAGUUCGAUCUCUGGAUGGCAUUGAACGAGAGAAACUGGCAUCCAUCAUCGACUCAUACGCCAAGCAGUCUCUUCGCACAAUUGCUCUGAUCUCGCGGGAGUUCACGCAGUGGCCACCGGCCGGUUGCGCUGUUGAGAACGACCCGGCUUCCGCAGACAUGGAACUUGUACUCAAGGACAUGACCUUUGAUGGUCUCGUUGGUAUCCAAGAUCCAGUCCGUCCCGGAGUGCCAGAGGCCGUAGCCAAAUGCCGCCACGCAGGUGUUACAGUCCGAAUGGUUACUGGUGACAACGUAACGACUGCACGAGCCAUCGCGACGGAGUGCGGUAUCUACACUGGGGGCGUUGUCAUGGAAGGCCCAGUCUUUCGUACACUGGACGAGCAGCAGAUGAAGGAAGUCCUGCCAAAGCUUCAGGUUUUGGCUCGAUCUUCUCCCGAAGACAAGCGCAUCCUGGUGACUGGUCUUCGCGCUCUCGAUGAAAUCGUCGCCGUGACGGGCGAUGGUACGAACGAUGGCCCUGCGCUAAAGGCUGCCGACGUUGGAUUCUCGAUGGGCAUCUCUGGAACAGAAGUGGCCAAAGAAGCCUCCGCAAUCAUCCUUAUGGACGACAACUUUACUUCGAUCCUUACGGCAUUGAUGUGGGGACGCUCUGUCAACGACGCCGUGAGGAAAUUCCUGCAAUUCCAGAUCACCGUGAACAUCACGGCUGUCAUCGUCACCUUUGUGUCGGCAGUCGCCAACCCGGACAUGAGAUCUGUCCUGACAGCCAUUCAGCUUCUCUGGAUCAACCUCAUCAUGUGAGUGGCUUCAAAUCGUGUACUACCAUGGCGACGCUAAUAGCAAACAGGGACUCCAUGGCCGCACUCGCCCUCGCUUCUGAUGCGCCAACGGAAGAAAUCUUGGCCCGCAAGCCGCCCAAACGAUCCGCCCCACUCAUCUCCAUCAUCAUGUGGAAGAUGAUCAUCGGCCAGGCCAUCUUCCAGCUCGCCGUCACGUUCAUCCUCUACUACGCGGGCCCGAACAUCCUCGACUACGUCCGCGACGGCGACGAGAUCCGCUCCGUCGUCUUCAACACCUUUGUCUGGAUGCAAAUCUUCAACAGCAAGUCUCCCCAUCCACAUCCACAUCACACCCAAUCUCUACAUGUAGAAAACCCUUGAGAUUGCUGACGUUAAGUCCUGGUCUGUUUAGUGUCCAACAACCGCCGCCUCGACAACAACUUCAACAUCCUCCAGGGCGUGCACCGGAAUGCCUUCUACCUCGUCAUCUGCGCCCUCAUGGUCGGCUGCCAGAUCAUGAUCAUGUUCGUCGGCGGCCGCGCGUUCCAGAUCACCCGCCUCGCCGGCACGGACUGGGGCAUCUCCAUCGUCGUCUCCCUCCUCUGCCUGCCCUGGGCCGUGCUCGUGCGCCUCUUCCCCGACGCGCUCUUCGAGAGGAUUGCCAAGUUCUGUGGCCGGCCCGUCGUUCUCGUCUACCGCCCGCUCAGCCGCUGGACACACGCGGCCUCGCGAAAAUUGAGACGCCUCAGGCGAAAGAGACGGGAAAGCGAGAAGGUGGCUCAGACUGCGGCGGAGCAGCUCGAGGCGCGGUAUGAUGACGCCGACGCCGACGCUGGCAAGGUGCAGGACGAAGAGAAGGGGGGUGGCAAGUAG